CCAUAUUAGUGAACAUCCUAGCAAGACAAAAAAAGGAAACAAAUUUCCUUACUACAAAGUCUGCAUAAAGGACCAUAACAUUUUCUGGUGCUUCUCUUCUCAUAACACUGUCACUCAGUUGCACUCCAAAUAUGAAUUAAUCUUCCUUAUAGUACUUUCUAUUAUAGCCACAAAAUCUUUGUUCCCUUCUCAACCUCAAUGCUAGAAAAUGCGUAGCAUUCAAGUUGAAGCCAAGCAAAAACAUGGUGUUGAAUAUUUCAAGUACUCAUCUUCUCAACCUCCUUUCUCUUCAUUCCAAACUCCUAGUGAUGGUAACAUCAGUAACGAGAACGAAGCAACAACAACAUCAUCAUCAUCACCAUCAUCUCUUAGCAGAAUAAGUCCACUUAUUUUGCUGGUUAUAAUAGUUCUAGCAGUUAUCUUCUUUGUCUAUGGACUUGUCCAUUUGGUUCUGUGGUUUCUGAUGAAAAGGCCAACCCCUCAGUCUCUCUACAAUUCAAAUAAUUUCACAGAAGCCACAAGAACGCGUGCUCUUCAAAGACAGCUUCAACAGCUCUUUCGUUUGCAUGAUUCAGGUUUAGACCAAGCUCUCAUAGAUGCUCUACCUGUUUUCUAUUACCACGAUUUAUUGGGUUUGAAGGAACCCUUUGAUUGUGCUGUGUGUCUCUGUGAAUUUUCCGACCAAGACAAGCUAAGAUUGCUUCCUAUGUGCAGCCAUGCCUUUCACAUGAAUUGUCUUGACACGUGGCUACUGUCAAAUUCCACGUGUCCUCUUUGUAGGGCAUGUCUCUCCAACUCUGGUUUCUACGUGGAGAAUCCAAUAUUUAAUAUUGAUAAUUCUUUGGUGAUGCCUAAUAGGCUCAUGGAUGAGGAAGAAAAUGGGUGUUCAGAUAGUCAAAGAUCAGUAACUGGUGAAGCACAAAUAAGUGGGAAAAGGGUGUUUUCUGUCAGACUUGGAAAAUUUAGAAAUAAUGGGUUGGAGGGUGGAGUGGUAGGAGGAGUAAUAGGGGAUAGUAGUAGUUGUAGUUUGGAUGAGAGGAGAUGCUACUCCAUGGGUUCAUAUCAGUAUGUAGUUCGUGAUUCAAAUUUGCAAAUUGUGUUAUCUCAAUCUCAUGAUGUUUUAGAGCAUGGAAAUGUCGAGGGAAAAAGGAUAGGCAACUCAACACAAGGUGAGAGCUUCUCUGUUUCCAAGAUCUGGCUUUGGUCCAAGAAGACCAAGUUUCAUAGUUCUAAUGCUGCUUUCCCUUGAUUUCUUACUGUAAGGACUAAGAAGGUUAAAUAUUUAUAUAAACAAAGAUGUCUUAUUGUUUUCGAUGUUAUACCAUGAACACACAUAUAUUAAUGCUAGCUGAUAUUUG